AUCCAUUAUAUGUAUUUAAAAACAUACCUUAUUUUUUUACAUUUAAUAAUGUGUAAGAAAUUAAAUUCGUUCAUCGAGGACUUGUGUUGCCUCAUUAACUAAAAGCCUGACCGGCAAUCAAAUUAUCAAAAAAUACUUACCUAGCAAUAUUUUACUUGGCAACAUUAAAUUUAAAGGUAAUUUUAAUCCUACGCUUGCCACCCCACAACUGUCAAAAACAGGUUAUACCCAACUUACGAAAUGGUGUCCGACGAAGACAUUUAAUUCAUCGAAAUGUUUGAUAAAUGUCGAUUAUGUUUGAUGGAUACGAAUUUAUUGCCUUUAUUCGAAAAUAUAGAAGAAAUAGACAAAUACAAGAAUGUUUUGUGUGACACGACUGGUUUAGAGUUUUAUUUUAGAUUACCGUAAGAACUGAAACCUGCUAGCAAUUACUUCAAUAAAAGGAUUUAAAGAGAAAAAUUGCUGGAAUAGUUUUUUAACGAAUUGCUGGGAUUUUAUAUGAAUAUCGAUCCAAACGAUGGUUUUCCUCAAAAAAUAUGCAAACAGUGCAAAGAAGACGUUCAGUCCGCAUCCUUACUACGUAUUAAAAGUCAAACAAGCGAUAUAGAACUGAAGAAUUUACGCAAGAAAUACGAAAACACAAAAACCGAAAUAUAUACAACAAAAAUUGAAGAAAUACACACUGAAUUAGCAGAUCAUCAUGAUAUAUGCAUAGAAAUUAACAAUUCAAAUCCUAAUAUGCCAAUACCAGAAAUAAAAAUCGAAAUACAAUGUGACAGUUCAAAAGAAGAUGGCGUCACAACAUGGCGGGCAGAGGAACCUGUUAAAAAGUUAUCGAGGAAGGAAAAGAGACAAAGAUAUUUGGAUUUAGUGGAAGGAAAGUUGGACCCGUGUGGUCCAGUCAAGUGCAGAGUUUGUAAGAAAUCGGUCAGCAAAUGGUCCUGUUUCAUAAGCCACGCGAAAUUACAUUUGGGGUUCAAUUUCAUGUGUGAAUUCUGUGGCAAAAGUUUCAUAUCGACAACACAAUUGAAACGCCACUGCAGGUCGUAUCACGGCAUGGAGAGGGACCUGCAAUGCAAACACUGCAGCUAUCUCGCUUUAGAUAAUGCGCAACUUAAGGUACACACACGUCGUCAGCAUACAUUUGAGCGUCCCUACGUGUGCGACACCUGCAGUGCUUCAUAUCACAGCCGGCGGUGCCUAGUGCAGCACCUGGAGAGCCAUCGGACUGUCGCUACCGUGCAGUGCGACCAAUGCCCACAAGUAUUCAAGUCAUCACGACAGCUCUCAAGACAUCGUUACAGAACGCAUAGCCUCCGCGUGCAAGCAUACAAAAACAGCUGACAAUAAAUACUUGUUUAAAUAAAUGUUUAAAAUGGUAAUAAUAAUCAACUGUUUAUUUUUUAAUUUGAACUUGUAAUGUUGAGGAAACAAGUUCAUCAUUAACCUGCCCUUAUCCCAAUUAUUUUAUUUGGGGUCGGCGCAACAUGUCAUCUUCUUCCAUACCUUCCUAUCGGU